AUGCAUUCUUAUUUUGGAAAGGUACAUUUACUUUUUGAAGUGGCACGUUCAAAUUUAGAAAAUUUUAAGAACGUCGUAACUAAUGGCAAAUGUGACAUUCUUUAUCUUGCUGGUUACGUGAAGCAACGAGAAAGGCAGGCAAACAUCAAUAUUGCAGAUGGAAGGAAGAGUUCGGUGAUCCUUCAGUCAGAAGCUGCAAAAUUGGACCAAGUUAAUCGUGCUCAAGGAGAAGCAGAAGCAAUUCUUGCUAAAGCUCAAGCUACUGCAAAAGGAAUUACCUUGGUGUCACAAACCCUUAAAGAAAACGGGGGUGUGGAGGCAGCUAGUUUAAGAAUUGCUGAGCAAUAUCUUCAGGCUUUCAGUAUGAUUGCAAAGAAGGGCACAACUAUGUUGCUUCCUGCAAGUGCUUCCAAUCCUGCAAAUAUGAUGGCUCAAGCUCUCAGUAUAUACAAGAACUUAAUUGGCAACGGUUCUGGCAAUGGGAUUCCCGAUAUUCCUGGGGCUGAAUCAAUUGACAACACAAAGAACGACACUCCAUCUCGGGAAUCUGGUGACGACGAGAAGCAGACGAGCGUUGAAUCUGUUUUCUCACUGCAAAGCCCGAAGAAGGAUAAUUAG